CUCGAAAAAAAUUGUAUUCCCGCUUGUUUUCCAUCCCCAAAAGGCCAAAACUACCCAAGCUCAGUUACAUCCAUCUUCUUCCCACUGCACCACAUUUAUCCUCUCAAACCUAAUUGUAGCCGUCGUCAGCCAUGGUCGACCCAAAUGUAGGGACUCACAUAAAAAGCCUAAUAAUUCACCCUAAAAUCGUUCAAGUCGUGGCGGAGGGGAAGCGACAUUAUUGAAUCGUUCUCCAAUUGCAAGGUUGGCCAACUCCAAUAUGAGUAGCAACGCGUCAAAUCAACUAUUCUUCGUCGUUUGUGGUUUUCUCUUAAAAAAUAUCAUCAACAGGUUGUGCACCGGAGGAAAUCUGCACCUUCUCUCUGAGAAGAGGUGUAUUUGGAGGCGUUAUAUACAAGAAAAUCAGAAGUUCUUGAAGUAUGGUGUUUGCACACCAACUGUUCGACAAAAUGUUUCUUAUAAAGGGUUCAACCGAAUUUUCAAGAGAUUCAGUAGAAUUUAAGUUCGAAAACGAGUUUUUAAGAGAUAUCCCAGAAAUGGACAACACAGACAGGAAUAUAUUGUAUGAAGCUGCUGUUGAAGGGUGGUGGUGGAAAGAAAAAUACAUAUUGAAAAUCCAUAAAAGUGCAGCCACAGUGGCAAUCAAUGAAAAUGCUGACACGAUCCUUCACGUAGCAGUUGAAAUGGGGCAGAACUAUUUCGUAGAAAAACUGGUGGGUCGAACAGCCCUACACAUUGCGGCAAUGGUUGGUAAUAUGCACGCAGCCCAACUCUUGGUUCAGAAGAGGAAAGAGGAGCUGGUGGUGAUUCUAGAUAGCAAGGAAGAGUCACCAUUGGAUAUUGCUUAUGCCAAUAAGAAGAUCAAUACAUAUACAUAUUUCUUGAAAUGCCCUGAUCUAAGUCUUUCUUCAGAUAAGUGUCAGGAAAAUGCUAUAUUGGCUGCUUUUUUAGUAGAAAAAUAUGGUGAGUAGCUAGUUAGUACUAGGGGUGGUAAUCGUGUUGGGGUUGACGGUUGUAAAUGGGUUGGAUUUUAAUUUCAGGUUCGGGUCAUGUAAAGAAUCACGUACCACUCCUAGCUAGUUAUUACAUCGUUUUAUGGUAAUUUAAUGGGACAAUAGUCGAAUGACUUGGCAUUUA